GUUUGUUGCCAUUCGGGUUUGGGAAACUCGUGGGAAAACGAUGAAAAAGGCGUUCAUGCGGAUGUGCUAAAGCGGUGGAAACACAACCGAAAAAGGUUGAUAUAGAAAAACACGUUCUCGUCCCUUCCCCAGUUGCUCCAUGAUGUGUACCAUCGACGAUUAUUGGACGGCAGGGAACGACACAAGACCUUGCUGACACUGACAAGCAGUGUGUGCACUAAUUGUUGGAACUCUCACAACAAAGACGCAAAACAACCAAGAACUCUCGCGAUAAAAGACUAUAUCAUGUAUGCUAGAUAGAGUGGAUUGGUGUCUGACUGAUUUGUUGAUGGUUGUUCUGUUCUAUGUAUUUUCUGUUGUCUUUGUGUCGUUAUGUGUGUUGUAACUAAACCUUCAAGUGGGAAAAGAAAAUGUUGGACGAUAAAUAGAAAUCAGCGUGAGGAGUUUCUCGUGAGAAUGUUGAAGAUCUCCAAACUUUGGAGAUAGUGUACAAGAUCUAGUAAGUUCUCGGGCACAUACAGCAAAGGUACAUUGAAGAAUCGAACCAUUCUCAAACACAUCGACCAAGACACUAGCAGACACAUAGCUCACAAUGCUAGAGGAAGAGCUAGAGAUAGCGCUGAAGGUGAUCGUAGUCGGGAAUGGUGGCGUAGGCAAAACCUCCAUGGUUCAGCGAUACUGCAAAGGCAUCUACACGAAGGACUACAAGAAAACGAUCGGGGUGGACUUUCUCGAGCGGCAGAUCGAAAUCGAUGGCGAGGAUAUACGGAUAAUGCUGUGGGAUACGGCAGGACAGGAGGAGUUCGAUGCCAUCACGAAGGCGUACUACCGUGGUGCACAAGCGUGCGUACUUACCUUCAGCACCACCGACCGUGCCUCGUUCGAAGCGAUCCGCGAAUGGAAGCGUAAGGUGGAGAACGAAUGCAGCGAAAUUCCGACCGUACUAGUCCAGAACAAGAUAGACCUGAUGGAUCAGGCCGUGGUGUCGUUCGAGGAGGCGGAAGCGCUCGCGCACGCACUCGGCUGUCGGUUGAUCCGCACGUCCGUCAAGGAGGACGUUAAUGUGGCGACUGUGUUCCGAUAUCUGGCGACCAAGUGUCACCAGAUGAUGAAGCAACAGUACAGCCAGUCGGCCCCAAUCAGCCAGCCGACGAUCAGUGCCUUUAGUCCGACGUUUCAGUCGAAAGCUGCCAGCAACACGAUCACCCUGACGAGGCCAUUGGUGAAGCGCAAACCGUUACAGAAGCGUUGCGGGAUAUUCUAGCGAUCUUGUAGAUUUAGUGUAUGUUACGUUGUUGUUCGUUUUUAGGUAUAGAUGAAUAUUGACUGUGUAGUGGAAGAUGUACCUCCAAGCAUCGUUGGAUGCAGAAGACUAAAAAUACUCACAUGGAAGACUAUAUACCAACGAGUGCCUCAAAACAUGUACGUGUACGUGCUGUGUACUAACCUUGAGUUGUAGACCCAAUAGUUAGAGCUUAUUCAACCCUUAGCUUUUCGGCAUUCAUAAAUGAAGGAACUCGUGAAAUAAUUCACUAUCCCGCUUCUACAAGUUCCAUUCACAAUUUUAAUUAAUCAUCUCAAUCUACAAAAAACCGGCUCUGCUUUAUAUUCUGCUCCGAAAUGUAUAAUUAUCUAAAGAAACUAUUCCCAUGCGGCAAACCGGCUCCCGGGGGAACUAACCCACGAAAGGCCUCGUGAGUUGAAAGCGGGUCGCAGAUAAUCUUCCAAAAUUAGCGGUCUUGCGGAUAACGGUCAUCAUUACAUACCAUUUUCGCGAUGAUCCCGAUUAGCUAAACAGCCAUGCCGGUAGGUUGAAGGUGGUAAAGCUAGCUAAAGCAUUACACGAAAGGAGUGAUAGGGAAGGAAAAGCGACAAACGCGGUGACAAAUUUAAUCGAAAUAGCAGAAGCGUGUUUUCUUCUGGUGGUGCAGUUUUCUCACACAGAAAUAAAGUGAACGGCCUGGAGCGGGUAGGAGUUUGCAAUCAAGCGCUGAAGUGUGGUGUGGGUUAAUUAAAGGCUCGAAAAUGCGACUGUAAAACAAUACUCAUAAUUAGGCGUUUGUAUAGGAGGCGGCAGUUGUUGGUGUGCAAAAACAUAUAAAGGAAAAAGGGGAACUCCAUUAAUUGUUCGAUCGAGCGAACAAGGAAAGUAGUCGAGACGAAGUCAAUCAUGCUCAAACGUUACGUUACAGCUUAGUUAAAGAAAAUAGUAACAGCAGCAGUAGUGAAAAGGUAACCAAUUGAUAGGGAAUUAUUAUUGUAAGGGUAGUGCGAACGGAGUGGAGCAGAAUAAUAAUGAACAUAACGCAACCAUAUGUCAAACGCAAAAGUUUUCUGUGUGUCGAGCUCUAAAAGGUUUGUACCCUCAAAGGGUUCUUCUGGGACGUGAGAAGAAUACAGAAAAAACGUAAUAUAAUGGAAAGAAAUAUAAUAAAAGAAAUGAAAUCUGAA